UUUGUAGUAUUAAAACAAAAAUAUUAAGAAUUACACUUUAUAAAAUCAUAAUUAACUUUUCAUUUUAUAAAAACGGAUGAUGUUUGACAAACUGUCCUGUUUAUUAUGCUUGGAAAAAAACAAUGUUUCAAACGGUCAAAUAAAUAUUGAAUCUGAUGAUCCGCAAGCAGUAAAAGCUCGCGCGAUGGUUGAACAACAUUUCAAGGAAGAGCUCAGCAUGAAGCCGUACCUUACAAACAAAGUGUUAUGUCAACAAUGCUGGGAACUGUUACUAUCAUUUCAUGAAUUCUAUGUGCGCGUACAAAACGCUCACUUGACGGCAACUAACACGCUAAAGUCCUUGCAAGAGUUAGAGAUAGCGGUUACUGAAAUAAAAAUGGAACCUGAUGCAUUAGACGAGCUGGCUUCGCCCCCAAAACGUCGUCGGGGGCGACCGCGGCGAGAAAAGCCGAACGAACAUGUUUUGGAAUCACAGCCAUCAAUUGUUUUAAAAGAGUGCAGUGUUCGGAUUGAACCACUAACUUUUCCUUAUAACAGUAACAUCAACAAAACCGAAGAUAAAAACUUGGAGUUUUUGGAAGUUAAGAGUGAGGUAAUACCUGAUGAAAAUGAAUCUAUUGAUCCAAUUUAUUCACCACAAAUGUCUAAUAAUGAGAGCGAAUCAGGAAUUGCGGUAGUACCUACCAGUCCUGCAAAGAACUUAGAAACCGGUGCGCCACAAAAACAGAAAACAGUCCGUACCAAGAAGAGGCAAAAACGAAAGCGUACCGAGAAAAAUAGUAAGGCAUUAAAUACAGGAAUUAAAAAUGAAUUAAACACGCAACGAAAUAAAACAUCGGAUUAUGAUGAGUUUAUUGCCAAAAAUUUUAAACUAACAUGCGCUCUUUGCGAAAACCCACUAGAAAACUUUAGAGAACUUAAAAUACAUUUUCGGGAAGAGCAUCAGACUAAUGGAUAUGUGAAAUGUUGUGGUAAAAAACUAAUUAGACGUGGCGUACUUGUUGAUCAUAUAAAAUUUCAUACCAACCCAGAAUACUUCAAAUGCGAACAUUGUGAAAAACUGUUUGCCGAUGGGCGUGGCCUUGAGGCGCAUCUUCAAUUUUCACACGGUUCUAGAGAACGUAUUUAUCGCUGUGAUAUUUGUUCCAAAGGAUUCUUUCGUCGUGAAUUACUCACUCGGCACUACGUUAUACACGCACCUGAAGAACAGAAGAACAUCAAAUGCCCUCAGUGUGAGAAGACGUUCUGCUAUAAAUACAAUAUGCUACAGCAUUUAAAAAUAGUUCAUCUACAUUCGUAUUCGAAAAUAUGUGACAUUUGUGGAAAAUCCUUCCAUGGAGGUGAAGCAUUCCGCCGGCAUCAGCAGGAGCACGCUGGUAUACCAAGAUUACCGAUUAAGUGUGAAUUAUGUAAUGCUGAACUGACGACAAAGUAUGGUUUAGCACGGCAUAUGAAAGUAAUGCACACGGAGGAAUAUCAAACACCUCAAGUUUGCCCAGUAUGCUCUAAAAUAUCACCGUCUCUCCGCGCACAUCAUACCCAUUUUAAAUUUAUGCAUGCCACCGAGAAAAAACACUCCUGCAAAAUGUGUGACAAAGCUUUUAAACGACCCAAAGACUUACGAGAACAUAUGACAACUCAUACCGGAGAAGUUCUAUAUACGUGCACAUUUUGUCCACAAACAUUCAACUCGAAUGCGAAUAUGUAUGCACAUCGAAAGCGAAAACAUCCUAAAGAAUGGGCUGAAAAAUGUGCAAAGCGAAAUACUUCUAUAGGAAUGGGACAACAGAUACAAAAGGACUUAGAAUCCAUAAUCGAAUCAGUAAAAGAUACGGAUGAAACAAAUUAAAUGGAGAAGCCCAUCAACAUUAAGAAUCAUUAAAUGUUGAUUGUAUUUUUAAUAAUGCGUAUAAAAAUAUACAAAUUCUAUAAAAACUUUUAAA